UCGAUAUACCGAUAUUUGUGUAGUCGAUAUAUACAUCGUUAUUAAACAGCUGUUCGCUGGCACUAGAAUUAAAAAUAAACAUAAUAUAAUUGAUUUUCUACCCAAAAAUAUUGAAGUCGACGAGCUGCGCAAAGUGGCCGCUCUCUUGGUUGUGCACAGGAUUGAGACUGAAAGUGACGUGACCGGCGACAGCGAUGGGUUCCGACGACCAGAGUGCCGCCGACAAGAUCCAGAAGGGAUUCCAGAUAAAUUACAUGAUAUUGCGUGACGCGGACAGCGGCAAGAUAAUAUGGCAAGAGAACAAGGACUUUUCGGCUCCGGAUGUGGAGCACGAGGCGCGGGUGCCCGUCAAAAUACUGGACAUGCGGGCGGUAUCGCGUGAGAUCAACUUUAGCACCGUCGAGUCGAUGGAGAACUUCAGGCUCGACCAGAAGGUGCUCUUCAAGGGCCGCAUCAUGGAGGAGUGGUUCUUCGAGAUGGGCUUCGUCGGCGCCAGCACCACCAACACCUGGCAGUCGACCAUCGAGGCGGCCCCCGAGUCCCAAAUGAUGCCAGCCAAGGUCUUAAAUGGCAAUGUGACAAUUCAAACCAGUUUCUAUGACAACGAAACACUCAUCACAAAAUCGGUUGUGCGCCUCUACUACAUCUAAAUGAAUGUGAGUCAGCGUCGGUCGGCCCACACUCGCACACGGCCAGGUGUUCACUCUUCACACUCGCCCACAAACAUAUGUAUACAUAUACAUAAGUCUAUAUAUAUAUAGAUCUUCUGCAAUUCUGCCCGUUGCUAAUGCACAACCAACGUCUCAAAAUGUUCUCCGCGAAACGGGAGAAGUUCUCUUCUCUUUGAAGUUUCUGCAUUUCAAUGCAAUUGUUAGUGCGUUUGUAGUUCUAGAUGAAUGCAUUUUAAUAUAAUUUUACACGAUACAUACUAUAUUAAUUUAUUAAUAAAGCGUUAACGAAUGUAAUAUGCA